CUAGAUGUCACCACCCGCGCGUUCAUAUUUUUGUUAUUGAAAAUUAAAGUUCGGAUCCAUCAGCAGUCAGUUUUUUAAAUAAAUAUUAAAGUUAUUGUUCAAAAAUGAACGCGCCACCAACAUUCGAGUCAUUUCUUCUCUACGAAGGAGAAAAGAAAAUCAUCAAGGAGCAGGAUACCAAAGUACCGAAUGCUGCGAUUUUUACUGUCAACAAAGAGGAUCAUACUCUAGGGAACAUGAUCAGGAACCAAUUGCUCAAGGACCCGCACGUUUUAUUCGCCGGUUACAAGGUCCCUCAUCCUCUGGAGCAUAAAUUUGUGAUAAGAAUUCAAACUACGUCUGACUACACACCUCACGAAGCUUUCAUGCAUGCGAUUACUGAUCUUAUUGCUGAACUCUCGCUCUUUGAAGAAAGAUUUAAGGAUGCCAUCAAAGAGAAAAAAGAAGGACUAGAUUAAACUGUACGUUAAUUUAAAAUAAAUAAUUUCUUUUCUAAA